UUAAUCAUUCAAAGUGUUUACCUACCUGACAUGACAAUGAAACUUUUUGAAGAAACAGAAACAAAAAAGUAAAUGUAAAAUUGAUUGUAUAUAGAUUCGAAUAAAUCGUGAAAUGGCUUGUAAGAUUAUUAACAAGAACCAAAAAUUAUACAAAGAGGCCAGCCACGUACGACUUUUGUGAAAUAAUAUAUUAGAGAGAUCGAAACUCAAUCAUUAAUAUCCCAAGAUAUACAUAGGAGAGUAUAUAUAAAUAUAAAAAUAGAAUAAUGAAACGGCCAGUAAAUUAAAAACAGUUUAAACAAUACCAAAAAAAAUGAGGAUAAAAAUGCGUGAGAGGGAAGCAAAGAAAGAAGACAAGACAGAAGAGAUGGAGAAUGGAAAUGGAGAAGGAAAGGGAGAGUUCAUAAACCAAAACAAUAGCGACUAUUUCCUCGACUCCAUGUCAAUGCUCUCUUCUCUUCCUCCUUGUUGGGACUCUUCUCUUCCCCCUCCUCAUCCUCCACCACCACAAUCUCUCCUCCACGCUCUCACCGUCGACGCCUCUUUCCCCGACCAGUUCCAUCACCCUCAGGAGUCAGGUGGUCCAAGCCAAGAUGGGUUGCAAGCACAAGGGACGGUCUCUACCACGAGCGCACCUGUGGCCCGUCAGAAGCCUAGGGUCCGAGCUAGGAGAGGCCAAGCAACUGAUCCUCACAGCAUCGCUGAGAGGUUGAGAAGAGAACGUAUUGCUGAGAGAAUGAAGUCUCUUCAAGAACUAGUUCCCAACACCAACAAGACGGAUAAAGCAUCAAUGCUGGACGAGAUCAUAGAGUAUGUUAGGUUCCUUCAGCUUCAAGUCAAAGUACUAAGCGUGAGCAGAUUGGGUGGUGCGAGGGCAGCUGGUGGCCCAGGCUUCAAUGGUCUCACCUCCGAGGCAGGAGGACGUCUCAACGCCCUAUCUGGACCUAGCAAUGGCGUAAACGGGAAGGGAAACGGAACGGGAUCAUCCAGUGAGAGCCUAAGAUCAACAGAACAGAGAGUUGCAAAACUGAUGGAAGAAGACAUGGGAUCUGCAAUGCAGUACCUUCAAGGAAAGGGGCUUUGUUUAAUGCCCAUCUCCCUCGCAACUGCAAUAUCAUCUACCUCUAAUCAUUCUCGUGGGGCUCUCUUUAACCCCAGCUCAAAUGUAGUUGCGGCUGAGGAGGCAAAUGUAGCCGUCGCAUCAGCAUCAGCUGCAGCUGCACCUGAAGCCUCCACUUGUAUGGAGGAUGAUGUAUCUGCCUCCAAGGCAUGAACCACAGGAUCUUUCACGUGUUUGUUUUCUCCGUUUUAAGUCAAACGCUAAUAUCCAUUUGACUUUUUUCACUAAGCAUAAAUAAAUAUAUAAAAAAUAUUUUCAACGACGAACAUACCGGACACGACAUGAACACUCGUGUAUACGUGUGUGGUUGUAGAUACAGAAGAGAGGUGGUGGGACCGAAAACUAAGAGGCAUGCGUCCCACUACUUUCCCAAAUCGCUUUGUGUCAACGUUCCUAGUGUUUGAUCAAAUCGAAUGAAACUGGAACCAGUAUAAUAAUAUUCAACUUGAAGCCUCCCACUUUCUAGAAACCAUACAAUAUUACACAAUAUUACGGAGAUUGAUCGGUAAGUGCCGUGUUUUUUAUUUUUUGUUUUUAGAAUAAUAACGGUAGAUUUUAUUACUAUAGUUGUAAAUUAAUUAUUUCCAGAGCACUAAAUAUAAAAGCUCUAGAAAAAUUGAUUUUCAAAGCUAUUUUGUUUUUUAUUUUAGUUUUUAUGACUGUAGGUUUAAAUUUUUUUUUAAAGCAUGAUUGGUAAAAUAAAGUGGAGCUAGUAGAAAAAAAAUGAACCGUGAAAAACACUCAUAGCACUUACCAAUCACCC